AUGCCUGAACCGAAAGCUUCCAAGAAGGGCGCGAAGAAAGCCGUGUCCAAAGCGCAAGCCAAGGGCGGCAAGAAACGUAGGAGAACCAGGCGAGAGACUUACUCCAUCUACGUCUACAAGGUAAUGAAACAAGUUCACCCCGACACCGGCAUCUCCUCGAAGGCCAUGAGCAUUAUGAAUUCGUUCGUGAACGAUAUUUUCGAGCGCAUUGCGGGCGAGGCUUCCCGCCUGGCUCAUUAUAACAAACGCUCGACCAUCACUUCUCGGGAGAUCCAGACCGCCGUGCGCCUGUUGCUGCCCGGGGAGCUGGCCAAGCACGCCGUGUCAGAAGGGACAAAGGCGGUGACCAAGUACACCAGCUCCAAGUGAAGCCGCAGAAAGUGUUGACAUAAACCCAACGGCUCUUUUAAGAGCCACUCACAAUUUCCAGGGAAGAGUUUUACUAAUGUUCGACAUUGGAUCGCAAUCAAUUUGUCUUUGAAAGAUUUUACUCCCAAAGGGAAUAAAGUACAAGUCUACAAAACCUCUCCUUGCAGAGGAUGCAUAGAGAGAGUGAACCUUGCCACACCACUGGUAUGGCCGCAGCUGGAGAACCAUGUCCAUGUCUGGUAAAGAUGGAACAGCUUUAGAUGGUUUGACUGAACUGGUCACAGCAGUGAGGGAUCUAAUCACUGCACCAACUGAAACACAUUGCCUUUCUCCUUGGUGAAUACAGCUGAGAACUAUUCACUUCAUGCCCUGCCCGCCUCUUCUAGUGUCACGUACUCAGUGACGGGAAUAACCAGCAGAAAUAGAAAACACUUUGGAGUCCAGUAUUUCUAUUAACUAAUAAUAUUUAUUAGUAACUAUGCAAUACAGUAAUAUAAAUAUGGAUAAAUCAAACAGGUUAGCAAUUAUUAUAUACAAGUAAGUAAAUCAGUAAGUGUGGAAAUAUUUGUGGAAAAGAAGCUUCUUUAAGUCUAGGGGUAAAAAGAUACAGUCUGGACAAGGACUCAGAACCUAGGUCUUGACUUGGGCUCGGACCCUGGAACUAGGUGAGGACAUGACUUGGCUACAGUACUGGACGAAGCUCGGGUUCUUCGAGGCGAGGACGUGAUGAGGCAUGUGUUUGUCUCCAAUCUAGAGAUUGGACAAAGACCCAGAACCUGAGUCUUCACUGAGGCUCGGACUCCGGAACUAGGCAAAGACAUGAUGGUGUCUUGGGAGACAGGAACCUCAGAGCUUUGGACGAGGACUGGGCACUCGGAGCCUUGGACGAGGACUGGAUGCUUGGAGCCUUGGUCUAGAGCAUGGGAACACAGAGCACUGGACUUGAGAGACAGGAACAUGGAACACAGAGCCGGGACCCCUCCUUAGGAAUAGGAUGUAGGGCCAGGACUCAUACACAGAAUGCUGAAUACGACAAGUUGGUUCCCAACACUAGGUAGCGGCAAACGGCCGGACCUACCUAGAUAAGGUGAGGACACACAGACGGUUCCCAACAUUAGGUAGCGGCAAACAGCCAGACCUACCUAACGAAAGUGUGGACACAGAGACAGUUCCAACUCAACGAUAGACAGUUCCUUAUCUUGACACAGCAAGGCUCUGGUCUCGCUCUGGUGGUAGAACUUGACAAGGUUGCAGGCAAGGCUCCAGACACAGGUUGCAGGCAAGGCUUCAGAAGGAAGGGGAAGGGAAGGGAACAGUCCAGCCUCAGGGUAACAGCAAAGAUGGCCUGGCUUACCCAGUGGAGGCAAGGACAGGAGGGGACAGAUCUAACUGCAGGGUAAUGGCAAAAACAGCCUGACUUACCCCACAGCGGCAAGGAUGGGAUACUGACGAGAUAAACCAGCACCCACACUCGAACCCAGGGCCACUUAUAUCCCCAGCCCCAAGAUGAGCAUCAGGUGCCUAUGAUUAAGCCCAAAUGAAACAAGGGACAGCUGGAAGACCUGGAGUCCGGAGUCCAAGGACCGGACCAUGAACCAGAACACGGACUUCAUGGACCGGACCAUGACAGCGGAGACUACAGCAAAUACGUCAAACUGGGAGAAAACUAACCACACAGAUCCAUGAACAUGUCUCUACCCAUGAAGAACAAAAAGGGCACAAAUUCGACUGAGCAUCAGUGAACAUCGUGGUGCAAGCAAACACAUGGCAUGCAAGAGAAUUCCUAGAAGCAUGGUAAACAAACCUGUAGACCUCAAUCCUAUUUAUGAGCCAAUGCAGGCAAAAUGCCAGACCACAAUGCAUGGAAUUCGUCAAACAACCAAUCAGCAACCAGAUUUCCUCUCCAUAACUCAAGUAAGUUUUUAAAAUGAUAACUGAUCAGCUGACUAAUAAGUAUAUAAAGACCAGGCAUUCGGAUGACACACCACAUUUUACAGCUCACUGACGAUGUCCCCUUAUAUGGUGAAAAGUUUGUAAGUAAAUUGCCAAUAUCGGAGAACAACCCAACCCAAUUCAUUAAUGUUUAUAUUAUUAACAUUUAUUGAGCACUUCCUUAAUCUUGGUUGCCACUGAUAAUUUGUGACUUGUCUUUGCCCUUCGAAUUUCUCUACCCAUGAAGGAGAGGGGCACAAAUUUGACUGGGCAUCUGCCAAAGUCAUGGCACAAGCAAACACAUGGCAUGUAAACUCUGCAAAUUCUCUAUACUGCUGAAGGUCUCCCUAUUCUUCAAUGCUCUUUCCCUGUCGCAUCAUCAUUAUCAUUAUGUGCUGUUUCGUAUGAUGUUGGUGAUCAUAGUCUUCCAUCUCUCUUUAAUCUGAAUAUAUUCUUAUUCUUUUCUCUAUCCAUGAUCAUGAUUGUUCUUGGCAAAUUUUUUCACAGAAGUGGUUUGCUAUUGACUUCUUUUGUGUUGUGACUUUACAAGACAGUGACCCUAUCAAUACUUUUCAGAGGUUGUCUACCUGGCAUCAGUGGUCACAAAACAAGGAAGUGAUAUGCACCAGCUGCUCAUAUGACUAUCUACCACCCGUGCCCAUGGCUUCAUGUGAUCCUGAUUGAGGUGAUAAGCAAGUGUAACCUUGUUCAAGGGGGAUCUGAGGUGAGUGGAGAGAAGGAAUGCCUUGCAUCUCCUUCCCAUCACUCAUUAUCUACCACAUGCUUCUUAUUAUUUCAGUAGCACCUCAACACCAUUUCACAUCCAGGAAUCCCUGAACCUGCCAAAAUUGCCCUUUACUCCCACAAAAAUACAACUUAAAAAAACUGAGGUGCAAGGGAGUGCUUGUGCAGGAUAUCCUAAAGGUUAACUUGCAGGUUGAGUCGAUGGCAAAUGCAAUCAAUGUUAGCAUUUUAUUUGAGAGGACGAGAAUAUAACAGCAAGGAUGUAACGCGAAGGCUUUAUGAAUCACUGGUCACACCAAACUUGGAGUAUUAUGAACACUCAUGCUCCCCUUAUUUCAGAAAAGAUGUGCUGGCAUUGGAGGGGGUCCAGUGGAAUGAUUCCGGUAAUGAAAGGUGGGGAUCAACACCGCUCUUGUGAGGAGGAUCAUGGAGGCCUGCAAGGAGAAGGCUGGGGAGAGCUUUCUGGGAACAUUGUCCGUGCACCCGGUGUUUCGAGCUGCUUUUGAGGAAGUGCAUGGCUGCAUUGGGCCGGAUACCAAAUUUAAAUGAGGAACUGUGUGGUUCCCCCAGUCAAAGCCACUGGUGGUCCGGCCUGAGGAAGUAGUAAGAGUGAUGGGGACCCCCAAUUUUUGCAGAGUGCCUGAGGGUGAGGCACUCUUUGUGGAUGCUCCGGAAGACUUUGAGGGUGAGCCGGGAUUUCUUGCUGGGCUACUGGUGAGGCCCAAAUUGCAGAAGCCCUUGGUUGUACAGGCAAGCAGUAUUAAAUUAGAUUAGAUUAGAUUAUGAGGACGCUCAGUCCUCGUUUAUUGUCAUUCAGAAAUGCAUGCAUUAAAAAAUGAUACAAUGUUCCUCCAGAAUGAUAUCACAAGAAACACAGGACAAACCAAGACUAAAACUGACAAAAACACAUAAUAAUAACGUAUAGUUACAACAGUGCAAAACAAUACUGUAAUUUGAUGAAGAGCAGACUAUGGUCACUGUAAAAAAAAAAAGUCUCAAAGUCCUGAUAGCCCCAUCAUCUCAUACGGACGGUAGAAGGGUGAAACUCUCUCUGCCAUGAACCUCCAAGCGCCGCAAACUUGCCGAUGCAGCACCAUUGGAAGCAUGGCAGAGAUUGUCAGGAACACUACGAAGAGGGAGGUCACCUUCAAGCAGGGGAUCUCCCGGCAAAUCUGUUCCUGGUGAUGGUAAUAUCUAGUGUUCCUGUGAGCAAGCCAGGGAGAAACUAUUGGAAAAAGGAGGAAAGUUGAUUGCUGAUUCAUUCAAAUUCGGGGACUCCCCGGUUCUUUGUAACCGGGCAACACAUCACACAGCAUCAACACAAAUGAGAUUUCUCAGUUUGGCGGGGGCAGAAGCUGACUUCCCCUAGACAAACACGUGCAGGCUGAGCCUGAGGGUUACACAUAAAAUUUUCUUGAAUCUUCCUCAUGACUUUUCAUUUUCCUUUUGGCCAUCAUAAUUCCCUCUUGAGCUCUAGGAACAAAGAACAAUACAGGCCAGUUGACCCAAGAUAUUGUGCUAACCAGGAUGUCAAUUUAUACUACAUGUCCCCCUUCUGUAUAUCAUCCAUAUCCCCCCUGUCCCUUCAUAUUCACAUGUCCAUCUAAAAGCCUUUUAAACUCCAGCAAACUGUCUGUUUCCAUUACUAGCUAACCUAGUAAUAAUAAUAACUAGCAUGUACUCUGGUGUUUGACAUUUCUACCAUGGGGAAAAGAUUCCGAUGAUCUAACCCCAUCUAUUCCUCGCAUAAUUUUAAAAACCUCCUUUGGUCCCUUCCUCUGCCAUUAAUAUUCUAUGAAAAACAUAAGUCUGUCCAACAUUUACAUUGAGCUCCUUCACUCUAACCCAGGUAGAGUCCUGGUGAACCUCUUCUGCACCCUUUCCAGAGCAUUCAUCCUUCCUAUACUAGCACAACCAGAACUGCACACGACGCUCUAGUGUUGUCUGAUUCAAGUUUCACAGAGGUGCAGUUCGACUUCCUUACUGUUGUAUUCAGCACCUCUGCUAGUGUAAACAAUACAGCGUGCAGUGAGACUGUGAGAAAGGACAAGCUGAUGGGGCAAAAUUGAAAAGUGUUAUGAAUACAGGACUAGAGGUGGUAGAUUUGAAUGCUCACAGUAUAGGGAAUGUUAGAUGAUCUUGUAGCAAGAUGGCAACAGUGGUGGAGGUGGAUACGAUAGGGUCUUGUAAGAGACUUUUGGAUAGGUACAUGGAGCUUAGAAAAACAGAGGGCUAUGGGUAAGCUGAGUAAUUUCUAAGGUAGGCUCAUGUUCGCCACAACUUUGUGGGCUGAAGGGCCUAUAUUGUGCUGUAGGUUUUCUCUGUUUCUAUAAGGAGGAAUACAGGGAGCCUUUUCUCGUUAACUGCCUGAGAUGAGUGGUGAUCCACACGUGUCAGUGUUCGGACCGCUUCUUUUUACAUGUUAAUAAUAUGGACGAUGGAAUUGGCGGCUUUGUGGUCAGGUUUGUGGAUAUGAAGCUUGGUGGUGUUACAGGGAGUGUUGUUGAGGCAGGGUGUCUGCAGAAGGACUGAGACAGAUUGGGAGAAUGGUCAAAGAAUGGCAGCCGGAAAGUAGUGGAGGCCAUGCACUCUGGUAGAAGGAAUAAAAGCUUCCAGUAAUUUUCAACGGGGGGAAUACCCAAAACUCAAACCACCUCCCCACCCCCAGUCAGCUUCAAACCGAUGAAGGAAAAGCAGCCAAUUGCAGCACUGAAACCUGGUAAUGGACACUUCCCUUAGAACCAAUCAGAGGGAAUUGGGCGGCCCUUCAUCAACCCUUUAAAAGCCAGCCACGCACUCUUCUCCGUCUUUUCAAUUUCCGUAAUUCAGAUUAC